AUGUGGCACAGCGCUGCGCCUCACAGCCUGUUGCUCCUGUCAGCCAGAGGGCAGCCAGAGGGCAGCCAGAGGGCAACCAGGGGUCAGCCAGAGGGCAGCCAGAGGGCAGCCAGAGGGAAGCCAGAGGGCAGCCAGAGGGCAGCCAGAGGGCAGCCAGAGGGCAACCCGAGGGCAGCCAGAGGGCAGUCAGAGGGCAGCCAGAGGACAGCCAUGGAGCAGCCAGAGGGCAGCCAGAGGGCAACCAGGGGUCAGCCAGAGGGCAGCCAGAGGGCAGCCAGAGGACAGCCAGAGGGAAGCCAGAGGGCAGCCAGAGGGCAACCCGAGGGCAGCCAGAGGGCAGUCAGAGGGCAGCCAGAGGACAGCCAUGGAGCAGCCAGAGGGCAGCCAGAGGGCAGCCAGGUCAGCCAUGAGGGCAGCCAGAGGUCAGCCAGAGGGCACCCAGAGGACAGCCAUGGAGCAGCCAGAGGGCAGCCAGAGGGCAGCCAGAGGUCAGCCAUGAGGGCAGCCAGAGGGCACCCAGAGGACAGCCAUGGAGCAGCCAGAGGGCAGCCAGAGGUCAGCCAUGAGGGCAGCCAGAGGGCACCCAGAGGACAGCCAUGGAGCAGCCAGAGGGCAGCCAGAGGGCAACCAGGGGUCAGCCAGAGGGCAGCCAGAGGGCAGCCAGAGGGCAACCCGAGGGCAGCCAGAGGGAAGCCAGAGGGCAGCCAGAGGGCAGCCAGAGGGAAGCCAGAGGGCAACCAGAGGGCAGCCAGAGGGAAGCCAGAGGGAAGCCAGAGGGCAGCCAGAGGGCAGCCAGAGGACAGCCAGAGGGAAGCCAGAGGGCAGCCAGAGGACAGCCAGAGGACAGCCAUGGAGCAGCCAGAGGGCAGCCAGAGGUCAGCGAGAGGGCAGCCAGAGGGCAACCAGGUCAGCCAUGAGGGCAACCAGGGGUCAGCCAGAGGGCAGCCAGAGGGCAACCCGAGGGCAGCCAGAGGGCAGCCAGAGGGCACCCAGAGGACAGCCAUGGAGCAGCCAGAGGGCAGCCAGAGGUUAGCCAUGAGGGCAGCCAGAGGGCAGUCAGAGCCCUUUUUCUCCAACAAUCUGCCUUAA